UCCAACAUACGGCCCGCAGGCUGCCAUGUGGCCCGCCAAGCCAUUUUAUCUAGCCUGUGGCAGUAGCGGCGCAGAGCGCGGAGCUGCUGCAGCGGCGGCGGUGGAGUGUGAAGCUGCGGUGGCGGCAGCGGUGGCGGGGCCACAACGAGAAUGGCCUUUGCAUUUGUGGUCGCCCAAGCUGGAGGAGAGUUGGCAUGGAUAUUCUUCCAGAAGAUCUGAAACAAAUGGAGCUUGAAACACAGCUUAUGUCUACUUGCCUGCCCUACCCUUUGGACCAAUUAUCUCUCUACUUUACCAACCUGGAAACAACCAAAGGAUGGAUGGAUAUCCUGUGUAUUAGCAUCAAAGUAGUCCUUUACAUCCUCUGUUCUUUAUCUGUACAGUAUCUAUGGAUCAAAUGGAAGAUGCAUCAAAGAAGUGUUGUGAUGCCCGAAGUAGUAAGUCAGACAUCCACAGUUUCGGUUGCAACAGAACUCUAUGGUGAGCGCACCUCCAAUGUGGACAAAAUGCUGUGGAGACUGUUGGCAAAUACACCCAUGAUGAUGAAAUACCUGAAGCACGUCUGCCACCAUGAAAGGAAAAAAGUCCCACCAUGGCAAUUAAAUAAAAGGAGAAAGGUGGAAGAAACUGAGGAUGAUGAAGAAAUAUUCCCUGCUUGUCCUUAUAACCACUGCUCCAGUGUGGACACUGUGAUGCAGGAAGUGUAAAUGGAACAAGGGCCCCUCCUUCUCUAAAAAUCAUAUUUUUAUGCUCUGAUAGUUGUUCUCCAAAUUCUUUACAUGGAUGUUUUUAAGGAAGUCAGUGGGGGCACUAAAUAGAAAUCAAUGGCUGUGUGUUUGAACUGUUCACCUAAUGAUCUAAUGUCAUCUAAUGAUGACAAUUGCAAAGUUGAAUUCUGUCAUGGACAGAGGAGAAUGGGAGGAGGGAAGCAAAAUGGCCUAAUUAAAAACAAAUGUUUGAACACUC